AUGUGUCAACCAGUAGUAGCUACAUUUAAGAAAUCAACUGUACAUAUAUAUAGAGACUGUAUUAGAUUAGCAAGAUAUAUAGGUGAUAUGAAUGGGCAUGCCAAAAAUAUGUCCAAACAAGUUCGUAUAGUAUUUAGAACAAAUCAAUUUGAAAUUGAUCCAAAGAAAAUAGAAGAACAAAAAACAGAUGCUGUCCGUUUUUUAACAAAUUUUAUGCAACAUGAAGCAGAAAGAAUGGCAAGAAGUCAAAAGAAAGCAGCAUCUGAAUCAACCCAAACUCCAAGAACAAGAUCAACUCUUGAUUAA